AUGCCGUUCUUCAAAGACCUUCGCCGCAAAAGAGCAUCCAAGGUUGGAAAGCCCAGCGAAAGCUCGCAUGCUAACUCGAACAAUGUCAAUGUGCCGCCCCUGAACAAAUCGACAUCUACAUUGAAUUCAACACAGAAUGGCAACUCUACUCCUGCUUCAUCCAUCAAGCCUAGCACGUCGCAGCCGAAUCUCACCAAUGUGACGUCCAGUAAAUCAAACUCGACAAUUACAUCUCAACAGCAGAGACCAAUGCCACUUAGCUCUGUCAGCAACAGAAGCAGUUUCAUGGGCUUGAACACACCUUCAAUCAAUGGCACGACAAACCCGAAAGCGUCCCUGUCGCCCUGCGCUCCGCGAAUCAUCUCUGUUUCCGAUAAUUCUUGGGUGCAUCAGAAGAUUUUGCUUGUAUAUGGUCACAUUGGCGAGUCGAAUGACAAGGCGCUUGAUGGGACUGUGACGGUCUGUCACCACCAAGACAAUUUCCCUGCAACCGCUUGGCCUGUGAGCGCAUCCCACUUCAAAGUCCUCGUACAUCUCACACCAGGUCCCAAUCGCCUCCGCUUCGAUUUCACGUCGCCGAAAGUGACCGCUGCUCAUCCUUCCCUACCGUCCCAUUGCGCUUGGGUCACCAUCAACUUUCUCCCCCUUGUCAAUGCACCUCCACUCCAGCUUGCCAUCAUUCUUGGAAAAGAUUCGCCUGGCACAUUCGAUGCUGUACCAGAAAGGAAGCAGAGGGAAGGAAACAACCUGGAGCUUGCGAUCAGGAAAUUCCGCAUGUCUGUAUAUUUAUGGCAAGCUUUCACAGGGGAACAAAUGUAUCGACAGGGUCUCGGAAGGCGGUGCUUUAGAUUCGAUGAAGAGUGGCAAACGGGCUCAUUGACGUACAGGGAUAAGGAGAUGGGGAUUAUGAGAAACGAGGCCAAGAUUCAUAUCAUCAGAUCAGAUAAAACCGUCAGAGAGAUACGAAACUUGGAUGUUGCCCAACAAUACAGCGAAGCCACUGGGAAAGGCGAGCUCUUCACAAUUGCAAUGAACGACGUGACAAAUUACUUCAAGCCUGCGAAAGGGCAAAGGAUCUACGUAUCCGCUCUUCUCUUAGAUUCUCACUGGGACACGCGUUCUAAGACCAUCACAGGUCAUGCUGCAUUGGGUGGAGCUUCUGGCGAGGUGCAAUUAGCCAUCUUUGGCUCGCAUGCCCUGCAAAGUUACCCGUCUAGCGUUGAAGAGAUUGUGCCAGCCUUUUCUGACUGCACCAGAACUGACACUACUUUCGUUGCCAACGAUUGUGACGAAUCUGGUAGCAAUUGGGAGGCAGCAAAUGUGGGUAUCGGUGCGCAUUUACAUGAGACAGGCCAUCUAUUUGGCUGCCCGCACCAAGAAUAUGGCAUCAUGCGACGAGAUUUCGUUCGCUUUGGCCGGACGUUCUUGUGCCGCGAGCCGUACUCAACAAGGACAAAGUUACCUGGGGAGCCUCUAAUAAAGCCAAAAGAUGAAUGCAUGUGGCAUAGGCUUGAUACUUUACGGUUUAAGCACCAUCCGUGCUUCAGAUUACCCACAGAUGCCCCACUUAAUCCUGAUGAUAGCAUUCAAGUAUGGCCCGUUGAAAGCGGGAAAAUCAUCUUGACGGCCCCAACGGGAGUAUCAUUCGUCGAAAUAUUCGCUGAUUCGGAAGCUGAAUGUCGUGCAUGGAUUGAAUAUGGGAGUGGAGAUGUCCAAGCCGGAGGGCCUCCGCGACAGGUCAUGCUCAGCGAGGAUGUUCUCCGAGAACGUUUAGCGCACAAUAAAAAGGCCAAGGAUAUCAAGAUUAAAGUAUUUUCUGCUGGAUUAGGAGAAUCUAGCGUAGAUAAUGUCGCGCAGAUGUUCAAGUCGAAAGAGCACAUUCACAAACUUCCUAACGGAUCGUACGGCUUCCAGGCAUGCAAAUUAGGGUUUUCCCAGCAAGAAGGGACACGACCUCAGCACAUCAUACUGGAGUCAGCAUUGGAGCAAAACAAGAUUCUGACAUCUAUUCGUGUAUACCAUGGCUUUGCCUUAGACGGCAUGGAGUUCGUGUAUGAAGAUAAGACAAGCCAGAUGUUCGGUAAUCGAGGGGGAAGAGCCGAUGUUUUUACGUUCGGUAAGCAUUAUGUCCUUGGUGCGGCGACUUACCUUUAA